AUGGCUAAAUGUGCUUCUUUUUCUUUAUUCUUCAUAAUAGCUGGUGCUUCUAUGACUCCAGAGGGUUUCAACAUGGAAAUUAUUGGAGGGAGAGAAGUGCCACCUCAUUCCCAGCCUUUUAUGGCCUCCAUCCAGUAUGGUGGAGACCACGUGUGUGGAGGAGUUCUCAUCCAUCCUCAGUGGGUGCUGACAGCAGCCCACUGCCAGUCUCUGUUUGCCAACAGUCAGUCUCUCAAAGUGGUUUUAGGAGCCCACUCUCUCUCAAAGAAUGAGGCCUCCAAACAAAUAUUAGAGGUCAAAAAACUUGUACCUUUCUCAAGAUUUAAAACAGAUCCGACAUCAAAUGACAUCAUGCUGAUUCAGCUUCACAGGGCCGUGAAACUCAACAAGAAUAUCCAGCCGCUCCACUUAACAUUCAAAACUUAUAUUAGACCUGGAACUAAAUGCCAAGUUACCGGCUGGGGAACCACCAACCCAGAUUUGGUACGCCCCUCAGAUACUCUGCGGAAGGUUGCUGUUACGAUCAUAAGUCGAAAACUCUGCAACAGCCAAAGUUAUUACAACCACAAACCUACUAUAACUAGAAACAUGGUGUGUGCAGGAGACGCCCAAGGCCUAAAGGAUUCCUGCUGGGGUGACUCAGGUGGCCCACUGGUCUGUAAAGGUGUCUUCAGUGCCAUAGUCUCUGGAGGCCAUAAAUGUGGUCAAGCUAAGAAGCCUGGAGUCUACAUUCUACUAACCAAAAAAUAUCAGACUUGGAUCAAAAACAAUCUUGCCCCACAUCAUGCAAGAUAAGAUUACAAGUAAUUUUCUUGAAUCCACUUGCUGCUUGCCUUCUUUCCUAACAUGCUGAACAGGCCAACUUGAUCUUUAGAUGUGGCUGGUUGUAGUUGAAGAGGGGUCAGCUGGUGUCUAGUUCUUCUGCUUCAUAUGGAUUUUAUUUCGAUGGAUGAAU